AUGAACUAUGCAGCAAAGAAUGAUAAUGUCAUAUCACUAGAAGAUGAUUUUCUUGAUCUCUGCAGAGAUAUACUACUCCGCCUGCCGUUGGAUGAUAAAAAUGCCAGAGAUGACACAAAAAAUGUCAAAGACACCAUCAAGAAGGAUAAGAAUAAUAAGAAGAACAACAAGAAGUGUACUCACUGUAAGCAGGAUGGCCAUGAAGAGUCUUACUGCUGA